AUGGAGACUACCGACCAUUCAAGCCGGUCUCAGGUGGAUAAGAAAUCUCAUGGACAGAUGGCCAUCGAGAAACAGGAAAGCCAGAAAAACAGCGAUGAGAAGAUUGUGGGACUGGAAUAUGGUGGAUCCGAGACUGGCGAGGGUCAAGAUAUUCCUUUGACCUUUCGUCGUUUCAUGGGCUUCACGGCCAUGGCCUUUCUAUGGACUGGAAGCCAAAUUCCUGUCUAUUUGUUUGGAGGUAUUCCGCCCUACAUUUAUGCAGAUAUCGGUGGUGCAGAUAGAUGGAUCUGGUUUGUUCUUGCAAACCUACUAGGCCUAGCUGGUGUAUGCCCCUUCGUUGGCUCCUUGUCUGAUUUGAUCGGUCGCCGUUAUGUUGCUAUCAUCGGUGCCUCCCUUGUGUGUCUCGGCAUGAUUGUCAGUAGCACGGCUCAAACGAUGAACAUAUUCAUUGCUGGAAUGGCCAUCGCCGGUGCUGGCGCUGGUGUUAACGAGCUGACGGCUUUGGCUGCAACCUCAGAGAUGGCGCCUACUCGCCAACGCGGCAAAUACGUUGCCAUCUUGAUUUUCACUAUCCUGCCCUUCUGCCCCUCCGUUCUAUGGGCUCAGCUCAUCGCAGCGCAUAGCGGCUGGCGCUAUGUCGGAGCGUUCUGUGGUGCCUGGGGUGGCUUCGGGCUGUUGGCCACAGUAUUCUUCUACUUCCCUCCUCCAAGAGUCAACUCGCAGGGACUGAGCAGCUCGGAGAUGCUGAAGCGCAUUGACUUUGUCGGAGGGUUCCUGAGCAUCACCGGUUUGAUUUUAUUCCUGGCAGGCAUGCAAUGGGGAGGGUACCAGUACCCCUGGACAUCCGCCCAUGUUCUCGCUCCCCUUAUCCUUGGAUUCGUGCUCCUAGUCGCCUUCGCUUUUUGGGAAAUCUACGCUGCCAAGUACCCCAUCUUCCCGACUCGCCUGAAGCAAGAACCCCGGACCCUAGGUCUGACCUUGGUCAUCACAUUCAUCUCGGGCGCGAACUUCUUCUCCGUCAUCAUGUUCUGGCCGACGCAGUCAUUCAACCAGUUCGGCCACGACCCCGUCGCAGUCGGCGUUCGCAGCUUGCCCGUCGGCUUCGCCAUCAUGGGCGGUGCCUGCAUCGUCCUGUGGCUUCUGAGCGUCCUCCGCGGCCACAAUAAGGAAUUACUGAUUAUCAGCAGUAUCCUCAUGACAGCAGGCUGCGGCGCCAUGUCCAUCGCCAGGAUAGACAACCUCUAUCAGCUCUGGGGCGUGCUCGUCCUCGCUGGUCUCGGGAUCGGAGGCAUUGUCGUGCCUGCCUCCAUCAUCACGACGAUCAUCUGCCCGGACGACCUCAUCGCCACAAUCUCAGCCCUCACGCUCUCCAUCCGCGUCAUCGGCGGCAGUAUCGGCUACACGAUCUACUACAACAUCUUCAUCUCCAAGUUCGUCUCCAACGCAAAGCACUUCAUCGGCGGCGUCAUGGUCACGAAACUCAACAUCACCAAUGCCACGUACAUCGCGGAGGCGAUCGAGUUGACCGGCGCGUCGCUCUUGCCGGCUCUGCGGCAUAUCCCCGGCAUCGGGAACAAUGAGACGGCGUAUCAGGCGGUUGUGACGGCUGGGCAGCUUGCGUACGCGGAAAGCUACAAGUGGGUGUACUACGCUAGUAUUGGGUUUGGUGGGGUGUCGAUCCUCGCUGCUUGCUUCUUGGGCAGUAUCAGUCAGUACAUGGAUGACCAUGUUGCUGUGGUGAUGCACUAA